AUGAUGCCAAUCUAUGGCAUCACAGCCGCACUAAGAACAUACAAAAUAGAAGACGUCGAGUCGCCCGACCCAGAAGACGAAUGCUACGUAUGCAUGCAGCCAUUCAACGCCGUCGACAACAAAGACGAUCCAAACGAGUUCCCAUGCAAGGCCAUAAGACUAUCACCCUGCGGCCACCUCAUCGGCAGCGAGUGUCUAAAGAUCACGACGUUGAAGCUCAACAUGACGACCUGCUCUCUCUGCUCGUCCCCUCUCGCCAUAACAUAUGGAAGCCCGAUGAACUACAUCAUGUGCCGUGUCUUGUCGAAUUCCUACACCCAAGCACUGGUCGACCACGCUUUGCUCGUGGGUUCUGUACUCGCAAGCCCGCAAGUCGCCAACGUACCCCUGCUAGGACGGUUACAUACAAAAGAUGACGAACAGAAGAUGGCUCUACUUUGA